CAGGUCUCAAACUUCUCAUUUACAUCAAAGCAUGCAAUCAGUCAGAAGUCAGGACACAGAAGGGCUUCUGCAGUGCUGAUGCUUUGUGAUCAGCGGUUAUCAGCAAACUGAUUGCAUUAAAUAGGAAAAUAUUUGUCUAUCGGUAAUCUUCACUUCAACAGGUUGACUUACAAUUCAUACUUAUUGUGAUGGCCAUGUUUGGAAAGUAUGGACGCUGGGCCUUUACCUCCCUUGGCGCUGCAUCCGCAGUUGUCGUCGUCGCCAAGUGUGCCAGCCGUUUGGAUGAUUCUAAUAAUGAAAGUAGUGGCAACAGGGUUCACAUUCGACCACCUGAUUAUGCACCUACAACGAAAUGGGACACCAAUUGGGAUAGGUCAGAUCCUCGGUUUCUUAAGCAUAAAGUAUGGUCAGAUGAAUCCAAGAAAUCCACGAACGAUGAUUCUAACAUAAAAUUCCCUACUGCAAGGAGAAACAUUUUCUUGAUAAGACAUGGACAAUACAAUCAAAAGGGUGACGACGAUGAUUGUCACACUCUUACUAAAAUUGGAGAAGAACAAGCCCUUCUGCUGGGGAAAAAAAUGGCAGCCUCCGGAAUCAAAUUCACAUCCAUUCUUUCCUCAGGAAUGACGCGAGCAAUUCAAACGUCAGAACUAAUGUUAAAAGAAAUGAAAAAUGAAUACCCUGGUUUGAUUCUCGAGAAAAAAGAUCCCCUUCUCAACGAAGGCCCUCCCUGUAUACCGGAGCCUCCCUACCGCAACAAAGAACUGUGGGAUCCUGAUUUCAAUGAAUUUUAUGCUGAAGGAGCAAGGAUAGAGGCAGCCUUCCGUCGCUAUUUCCAUCGAGCGGAUCUUGAUCAGAAGGAUGAUUCUUUUGAGAUUAUUGUCUGUCAUGCUAACGUGAUCAGAUAUUUCACAAUGAGAGCAAUGCAAUUUCCACCAGAAGCAUGGCUAAGGAUCAGUCUAGACCACACUAGCAUAACUCGGAUUUCUUUGUUACCAAAUGGGGAUGUUAUCCUCCGAGGACUCGGAGACAGCGGCCAUCUUCCUCCCGAUAAAACGACUGCUUAAUAAUAUGUUACAAUAUCACAAUAUUGUACUUGGUGCACUAUCAAAAUAACUAAAAUCACUUUAAUGACGCUUGGCAGACCUGAUAAAUUAAAGAGAAUUAUGGACUCUUUAUGAUUUACAUUUUGUUAUAGAAAACUGGAACAAGUUGAAUUAUAUACGAUUCAUCUAAACUAACAAUUUAAUCUUACAUAUAUAUUUGUCAUCGUAAAUCAUGUCAAAUUAUAUUCAUGUGAAAACUUAUUCACAAAAUCUACAAAUAAGAAGUUAUAUUUUCAGAUGAGA